AUGGGGAUGGGGCUAAUCGGCCUCGGCAUUGAGGCAGCCAUGGAUGCGAUUUCAAAGACGCGUAUAUUGGUAGAAAAGCCGGGCUGCGUCAGGGUGGGUGAGUCUUGUAGAGAAAAGACCUCACUCUCUCCUGAGUGUACUCAGUGUCAAAGAUUAAUCGUCAGACGUGGUCAGCCCGUCGACUGCAGCUACAGUAUACCUCUGCAAACCGCCUCUCAAAAUGGAUUGCCCGAGACGGAUAGCGCGUGCAUUCUGUCCUCAGCAGCCAUCGUUGCACCGUUGUCUCUAGAUGAUCCAUUAACAAUAUCUCAAUUUGGCUGGCCAAAUCCGACGUCGCCAAACGAAAGGAUUCUACUAUAUCACCUUUGCGCCAUUCGGAAAGACACAACCCUAGUAACUGAACGCGGAUUUUCAGUGGGCAUCAGUCAGCUGUCAAGAUUUCUUGCCAUGGCUGGCAAAUAUGAACAUUUGAGGCACUGUUUGUGUGGUAUUAGCGCGGCCCACUUAAGAACAGCAACGAAAUCAUCUCAGAUGGUUCCGUUAGAAAAUCAUUACCGAACACUUGCGAUUCAUGGAAUGGUCAAAAAAAUGCAAAACUUGAGCCGUCAGAGCUGCGAGUGUCGAGAAGAAAUCUCACGGGGCCUCAUCGCAUCAUCGAUCUUGAUGGCCUGGUAUAGUCCCAAUCCUAGCUAUCUCAAAGGAAAACUUGCUCCUUGGGCUAAAAUCAGCACGUCUAUCGACGCGCAGCUCAUUGAGAAUGCUACCAAAGAGAGCCAAGCAUCACUUCACGCAAUGCAGGCGCAGCAUUCUGUCUUUGAGAGGCCACGGAACGAAUUUAGCCCCCCUUCGCAGUUGAUGGAGGAAGAUUAUACACUGCUAGAAUCUGUAGCCAGGUCUAUUCGUAGCUUCUGUAAGUGCAAGCUAGAUGGCGAGCUUGAAUCUGCCGCACGGGAACUGCUCAACUUUAUUCACAACGUGCGUACCUUAUCUGGGCAGUACCGCUCGCUAGAGGAUCAGCUAUCAAUCAUGUUCCCUAUUCGCAACUGGCUACGCCUCAUGCCCAGAUCACCAAACCGAUUUGCUUGCAACGACUUUUUGAUAUACUUGUAUCUGGCAAACUAUGAGACAGCGAUGUUAGCAAUGGGUAUAUUACUGCCCGAAGUGAACUUGCCGCUGGAGAUCGAGGAGAGAAGCAUUGGCGUGGCCAAGUUACAACUAUUCAUACAAGAAGCCGUCGAUGCACGAUUUUUAUCGGGCGAGAAUCUUACAAAGUCUCGUUUUGUGUACAUGGCCUGCAUGGAAUGGCUAGUUAUUGCAGACAAGUGCUUGGAGAGCUACAGAACUCGGAUCCUAGGAAGCUAG